ACCGAAUUGAAACGAGCUGGUGAUGACAUACUAAUGGUAAAAGUCGUCUUCUUCGCUGUCCGACGGCUUUUCAAAAAAUUUCAUCAGUCUCUCACCUCCAAUUUUCAAACCCCACCCCCUCCUCUACAAUCUCUCUCUCUCUAGAUCUCCUUCUUCCUUCUCUCUCUAAACCACCAUUCCCUCCCCCAAUUGCACACCGAUCUCGACCAAGAUCUCGCUCUUCCUCUCCUCCUUCUCCCUCCUCAAUCCUCCCACGAACGGCUACGAUCUAGAUAGAUAGAUAGAGAGAGAAUUGUAGGAGGCGUCCUCUCGGCUGGAUCUGAGAGGCGAUGGCAUUAUCUGGCAUGAGAGGCUUGUCCGUCUUCAUCAGCGACGUUCGCAAUUGCCAGAACAAGGAGCAGGAACGCCUUCGCGUGGAUAAAGAGCUCGGCAACAUUCGCACUCGCUUCAAAACUGAAAAGGGUUUGACGCCUUACGAAAAGAAGAAAUAUGUUUGGAAAAUGCUUUACAUCUACAUGCUCGGUUACGAUGUUGAUUUCGGCCACAUGGAAGCUGUUUCUUUAAUAUCCGCACCAAAGUAUCCAGAGAAACAGGUUGGGUACAUAGUGACAUCAUGCUUGCUCAAUGAGAAUCAUGAUUUUUUGAGGUUAGCAAUUAAUGCUGUCCGCAACGAUAUCAUUGGUCGGAAUGAAACAUUUCAGUGCCUGGCAUUGACUUUGGUUGGGAACAUUGGCGGGAGAGAAUUUGCUGAAUCAUUAGCACCGGAUGUUCAAAAGUUACUUUUUUCUAGUAGUUGUAGACCGCUUGUGAGAAAAAAGGCAGCUUUGUGUCUCCUUCGCCUGUACAGGAAAAACCCUGACGUUAUCAAUGUAGAUGGAUGGUCAGAUCGAAUGGCACAGCUAUUAGAUGAACGUGAUCUCGGUGUUUUGACAUCUUCCAUGAGCCUUCUUGUUGCUUUUGUCGCAAAUAACCAUGACGCUUAUUGGAGCAGUCUUCCAAAGUGUGUGAAAGUUUUGGAAAGGCUAGCUAGGAACCAGGACAUUCCACAAGAAUAUACUUACUAUGGUAUCCCAUCUCCAUGGCUUCAGGUUAAGACAAUGAGGGCUCUUCAGUAUUUUCCAACUAUUGAAGAUCCAAACACUAGAAGAUCAUUGUUUGAGGUUUUGCAACGGAUAUUAAUGGGAACAGACGUCGUGAAAAAUGUGAACAAAAACAAUGCAUCACAUGCUGUUCUCUUUGAAGCCCUUGCUCUCGUCAUGCAUCUAGAUGCUGAAAAAGAAAUGAUGUCUCAGUGUGUUGCCUUGCUUGGGAAGUUUAUUGCUGUUCGUGAGCCAAAUAUUCGAUACCUUGGUUUGGAGAAUAUGACGCGGAUGUUGAUGGUUUCAGACGUUCAGGACAUUAUCAAAAGGCAUCAAGCGCAGAUCAUCACUUCAUUGAAGGAUCCAGACAUCAGUAUCCGGAGACGUGCUCUUGAUCUGCUGUAUGGCAUGUGUGAUGUUUCAAAUGCAAAGGACAUAGUUGAAGAACUAUUGCAGUAUCUCAGCUCAGCAGACUUCGCCAUGCGUGAAGAAUUGUCACUUAAAGCUGCAAUUCUAGCAGAGAAGUUCGCCCCUGACCUAUCAUGGUAUGUGGAUGUGAUUCUUCAGUUGAUUGACAAAGCAGGAGAUUUUGUCAGUGAUGACAUAUGGUUUCGUGUAGUGCAGUUUGUUACAAACAACGAGGACCUACAGCCUUAUGCAGCAGUAAAAGCCAGAGAAUAUCUUGAUAAGCCUGCUAUACAUGAGACAAUGGUCAAGGUCAGUGCUUAUAUCCUUGGAGAAUACAGCCACCUUCUGGCCAGACGGCCCGGGUGUAGUCCAAAAGAAAUCUUUAGCAUCAUACAUGAGAAGCUUCCUACUGUUUCGACUUCUACGAUUCCCAUUCUUCUUUCAACUUAUGCUAAGAUUCUAAUGCACACUCAACCCCCAGAGCCAGAUUUACAGAAUCAAAUUUGGGCAAUUUUUCGCAAGUAUGAGAGUUGUAUUGAUGCUGAGAUACAGCAAAGAGCUGUUGAAUAUAUCACACUGAGCAGAAAAGGUGCAGCGUUGGUGGAUAUAAUGGCUGAGAUGCCUAAAUUCCCUGAGCGCCAGUCUGCCUUGUUGAAAAAAGCUGAAAAUACUGAAGCUGAUACGGCGGAGCAAAGUGCUCUUAAGAUACGGGCAAUGCAACAGUCUUCUAAUGCUUUGGUAGUGACUGACCAUCACCCUGCCAAUGGGACUCCACCAGUGAGCCAGCUUGCUAUGGUAAAGAUACCCAGCAUAAGUAGUGUGGAUCACAACACGACUGAUCAAGUGGUGACUCCGGAAAAUGGGACUCUGAGUGUCGUGGAUCCUCAACCUUCAGAGCCUUCAGUUGAUCUCCUUGGUGAUCUUUUAGGUCCACUGGCUAUUGAAGGACCUCCUGCUGCUAUGCAAUCUGAGGAUAAUUCGGUCUCUGGAGUAGACGGUUCUUCAUAUGUUGACGAGGCAUUAGCACUUGCAACUGUUGGAGAAGACGCAAACACCAUCCAGCCUAUAGGAAGUACUGCAGAAAGAUUCCAUGCUUUAUUGCUGAAGGAUAGCGGUGUCUUAUACGAGGAUCCUUGUAUUCAGAUUGGCAUUAAAGCUGAGUGGCGAGCCCAUCAAGGCCGACUUGUACUUUUCUUAGGAAACAAGAAUACUGCUCCUCUAGUUUCAGUUCAAGCUCUGAUAAUGCCUCCUUCCCAUCUGAAGAUUGAGCUCUCAGUUGUUCCUGAAACUAUUCCUCCACGGGCACAGGUGCAAUGCCCGCUUGAAGUCAUCAACCUUUGCCCAAGUAGGGAUGUAGCUGUUCUUGACUUCUCCUACAAAUUUGGAACUCAGGGGGUCAAUGUAAAACUUCGCCUUCCGGCUCUCCUAAAUAAAUUUCUUCAGCCUAUGUCAGUAUCUGCUGAAGAAUUUUUUCCCCAGUGGAGAUCACUUUCUGGACCUCCUUUGAAACUUCAAGACGUGGUUAGAGGUGUAAGACCGAUGUCUCUCUCUGAAAUGGCCAACCUGUUUAACAAUUUCCGGUUGUUGGUCUGUCCCGGACUUGAUCCAAAUCCCAAUAAUUUAAUUGCUAGCACAACUUUCUAUUCAGAGAGUACACGAGCCAUGCUAUGCUUGGUUCGAAUUGAAACAGAUCCGGCAGAUAGAACACAGCUACGUAUGACAGUGGCCUCAGGGGACCCUACACUAACAUACGAGUUAAAGGAGUUCAUCAAGGAACAAUUAGUUUACAUUCCUACAACUUCCGGAGGCACCACAGCAGCACCUCCGCAAGCUCAACCAACCAGUCCUCCGACAACGGUCUCAGAUCCUGGGGAUAUUCUUGCCGGUUUGCUUCAUUAAAGUGGAUUGCUGUCAAUUGAAGAAUUUUUUUUUCUACAAAGCUUGUAAAAGUGAUUAUACAUACAGCCGAUCAUCCCCGAGUGAAGAAGUGAGUACAAGCACAAAUACGAUGCCAGGGCUUGCGGACGUAAGUGGUGAGCUUACAUGUGACCGGCUUUGUGUUUUGAGUUGGAGUUUUGCGAGGGGGGAUGGCUUAGGCUUUCGUUAUUCUUUCUGCACAACUAUGCUGUGCUUUGUGAGUUUUCCUCUUUCGGGUUGAGGUUUGGCUUUUUUAUUUUUUGUUACAAUUUUUGGACCUUUUCCUCUUACAAUCUAGGGAGAUUCCAUUGGAUUGGUUUAUGUACUAUAUUAUGCAGUGGAUGAAGUAGGACCCGUUGUAACAAAUUUGUUGUUUGUCGAUACACUAAUAUUUCCAAUAAAAGUAAUUCCGAUUGGAAAGAAAA